AGUCUGAAACAUACCGAAAACAUGCAUCUCGUGACCAGGAUCGAGCCGACAUUAGAAUGGGACUAAUCUCAGCAUACAACUAUAGGUCAAGGACACCCGUGGCUUUCAACUGAAAAAAAAAAAAAAAGAAUCCGCAAAAUUUCUGAUGAUUUAAUCCACAAAGUUACUGUUCUUGACGUCAAGGCACUGAGCACUGCCUGCAGUUUUCUCUUUUUCUCUCAGCCCCCAGAGAGAUAAUAUAUGUAAGAGCCGUCCAACCCAUUCAUACUUACCGACGAAGCUGCCUGACAACCCAAUUCCUUCCCACACCCCAGAGCUCAUCUCUUCCAUCCCAACUGGUUUGCACUUCUUUCCCUGGAUUUUCUCUCAAUAAUCAGCUCUACCUCCACACAUAUAUUAUUUAACUAUGGCUUCGAUGGUUCAUCAUCGUCAUCUGCAUCAUCAUCUAAUAAUCAUCCUAAUUAAGUUGGAACUGAUCUAUCCUCUCGUUCGAUGCAUAGCUCAAACCCUAGCUCGAGUGCGCCUCCGAACACAGAGGGUGGCAGUGGUGACAGCAGCAGUGGUUGCAGUGGCGGCGGCGGCAGUAGUACUACUAGUAAUGCCUCCUCGCUACCGGCGACUGGCCGCCACCCUACUUACAAAGGAGUGAGGCGCAGGAGCAGUGGUAAGUGGGUCUCUGAGAUCCGUGAGCCAAAGAAGCCGACUAGGAUAUGGCUUGGGACGUUCAACACUGCUGAGAUGGCAGCGGCUGCCUAUGACGUGGCUGCCCUUGCUCUGAAGGGCAAGGAGGCUGAGUUGAACUUCCCCGGGUCAGCCUCUUCCCUGCCGAUGCCAGCCUCCACCUCCCCGAGAGACAUCCAGGCAGCGGCUGCCAGUGCAGCGGCUGCUGCUGGGGCUGCCAGAGAUGCAUUGAUUAGACGUGGGGAGCGGGACGUGCAACUGCCUGCUGAGAGUACGACUAGUCCGGCUCCAGUGGCAUCUGAGGGACAUAGUAAUGCAGUAGCGAAUGAGUUUUUCGAUGAGGAAUUGAUAUUUGACAUGCCAAAUAUUUUGAUGAAUAUGGCAGAAGGGAUGCUUCUUAGCCCUCCUCGGCUUGAUGUGGGCGGUGAUGAUUCUGCUGCUGAAAGCACUGACGAACUUUGGAAAUUCCCUUGAUUCAUAUAUACAAAUAUCAUAUAGAAGUGCUGCUAUAUGUAUACAAGUAUAUAAUACAAGUAUAAAUCAUUGUAAACCUGGUCUGUAUAAUACAGAAUAUAUAUAUAUAUAUGGUGUUAGCUAAUUAUGUUUGCAGGGGUUUUUCUGUCCAGGGGCCAUUGGUUUUAUUGCAGUUUGUGCUUCCAUGUUAACCCUAUGAAGUCUACCUUGGAAGCUUAGAAGAGAAUGUUUCGUAGUUAAAGUUUGUUGUGUUUUAUUUUUCUUGCUCAAAGUUAAUUUGUAAUUGCAAUAGGCAUACAAUACAGACAUACCUAUAUAUAUACGUAUAGUGUUGUUCAGGGCUUGUUUGGUUUGUUGAUGAAAUUUUAGAAUAACAAUUCUAAUUUAAUUCUACCCACAACAAAACAAAAUAACUCAUA